ACACCUCAUACUAGUUGCAUAACAGGUACACAAAAUGGAGGGAGAGAAGAGCUAUUUGGAAGACAGCACAGGCUCAGAGGAGGCUUGUGGAGUUAGAACCACCAGGGAACCUCUUUCUGUGGAGUCCAGAAAGAAUCGCGGGCGACAGUUGGACUAUCUACUGGAAAGGACCGGGUUUGGAACGUAUCAUGUGUUUUUGUUAGUUGUUUGUGGUGUUGCACUAGCUUCAGACUCGGUCGAAGUAUCCAGUGUCUCUUUUGUUACUCCAGUCCUUGACAAUAAUAAUAAUGAUACUGAUAGAGGCGGUGUUCAUCCAACUAAAUUUCAGUCCGGUGCCCUCGACUCCAUCAUAUUUCUUGGAAUGAUGUUUGGUGGUUAUUUUUGGGGGAGUCUUGCUGACAUUGUUGGUCGUCGGAGUUGUUUAGUAUCUUCUCUUAUCAUUAAUGGCCUUUUUGGUCUUGCUUCUUCUCUCUCACCUAAUUUCGCUUGGUUCAUGGUCUUUCGAUUUGGAAGUGGAUUUGGAGUCGGGGGAUCUGUUCCAAUCGUUUUCUCGUACUUCUCCGAGUUUUUCUCAUCAAAAUAUCGAAACACGCUCAUAAUUGGACUCGCAUCUUUCUGGACAGUGGGGCGCCUAUACGCCUCAUUUGUUGCCUGGAUUGUCAUACCACAGACGUUUAGUUUUCAUCUCGGGCACAUGCUAGUCACCAGUUGGAGGAUAUUCCUUGCACUGUGUACUCUGCCUUCCUUCCUAUCAGCUCUGGCCAUUGUGUUUAUGGUGGAGAGCCCUGGAUUCCUAUUUUAUAAAGGUAAAGCGCUGAAGGUUAGAAAAGUUUUAAAUCGUGUGAGCUCUUGUCAGAUCCGCUUCACUACACACAGGCCACGCUCGGAAUCGACUGAUGGAAGGGAAUAUGAUGAGAUAAUAUCCAGCAUCAGUGCUGCUGACAAUAGCAUCAACAAUGCUUUGUCAGUAAAUAGAAGGGAUAUAGGACAAAAAAUUAAAGUGGUUUGGUCAGCUACAGUUGAGCUGUUUAAGAGGUCGUAUGUGAGACCAACUGUUGUAAUGAUCAUUGUUAACUUCACACUCUCAUUCGGGUAUUAUGGUCUUGUGUUGUGGUUUCCUGAAUACUUCAAAUACAUUGAGUGCCAUAAGAACGAUAAUCAUAAUCACUCCAUUGCUGAUGUCACUGAUUGUGGGUCUAAUAGUGACGACAAUAAAAUAUAUCUUGACAAUCUUUAUGUCUCACUAGCUACCAUACCAGGUAUUGUAUUUGGAUUACUUUCCAUAAAGUUUCUUGGCUCAAAAGUUUUGCUCGCCAUUUCAAUGGUAGUAUCAGCAUUGAGUACAUUUGCUAUAUGGGGUGUCCCUAAAGAAGUUGAUUACAUUUUAUUGCUAUCUUGUAUAUUCACCGGAUUCUCUACCAUUGGUUGGAUUGCACUUGAUGUCAUUAUACCUGAACUGUUCCCUGUGCACCUUCGCUCAACAGCAUUUGGUAUGCUUUCUGCAAUCGGUCGAAUCGGUUCAAUAAUCGGCAUAUUAUUAUUCGGGCGUUUGAUCACAGUAUCUCCAUAUCUCCCUGUACUGAUAGUAGCUGCUUUGUUAAUCUUUGGUGGUCUUGCUGUAUUUAUUAUUCCAGAAAAGAGAAAGCUACCUGUAUCGCGACUGUGUCACUGUAUUCUAACUGUUAUUAGGAAUUACUGUAAAAGAGGACCACCAUUGUCUUCUUACGAGCGUCUAAAUGACUGAUUUUUUAAUGAUUUUUUGUUGUUUUAAUAAUAUAAUAUAAUAAUAAUUUUUAUAUUAUACUAUAACAACAGUCUAUUUUUGAUAAUAAUUGUAUUUUAUCUUGUGAUUAAUGAAUCUGGAA